GGUCAAAAGGAUCGGGUAUCACCAGCUGUGAGGGGCUGGUAUAAAGGACAGGAUUGUUAGCUCUCAGCCAGAAUAGAUAUCAGCCUUUCACAGCUCAUGCUAAGGAGACAUUCUCACGAUCCGACAUCCAUUUUUCUGACUUUUGGAGCUGACAAAACUCAAAGCUUUCACUUCCGAUUGGAAAACUUGGUCUAUAGACUAUAAAAAGACUUUUCCAUAAUGGACCUCCAGAGGACAGGAUCUAUGGUUCGGCCUCCUAGCCCGAUGGAUAGUCUCGAGAAGCAGCUGAGCUGCCCUAUCUGCCUGGACAUGUUCACCAAACCAGUGGUCAUUCUGCCCUGCCAGCACAACUUGUGCCGUAGUUGUGCCAGUGAUCUCUAUGACUCUCGCAACCCCUACCGCUUUUCUGGUGGUGUCUUUCGCUGUCCAACCUGCCGGUUUGAGGUGGUGCUUGACCGCCAUGGUGUGCAUGGUCUGCAGCGCAAUCUUUUGGUAGAAAAUAUCAUUGACCUCUAUAAGCAACAGCAGGAAGGCAAUGGCGGUGGAAGUACGGAAAACACCCUGAAGUCUAAAGAAUCCAAAGAACCAAAGUGCCAAGAACAUGAGGAUGAGAGAAUCAACAUCUAUUGUGUGACGUGCCAAGUCCCCACCUGCUCCAUGUGUAAAGUUUUCGGUCAACAUAAGGACUGUGAAGUAGCUCCGUUAGCAAGUGUUUACCAGUCCCAGAAGGGGGAACUGAGUAAUGCAAUUGAUACUCUUGUGGCCAGUAAUGGUCGUCUACAGGCCCUGCUGAACCAGAUGGAGGAUGCCUGCCGUGCCGUGCAGGAGAAUGCUCAGUGUGCCAAGCAGGGGUUAGCUGAACGCUUUGACCUUUUAUAUGCUGUCCUUGAAGAGCGCAAGACCAUCCUGCUGGAGCAGAUUGGUAAAGAGCAAGAUGAAAAAGUAGCAGUGCUGCGGGCGCUAGCUCAACGUUAUGGUGAGCGAUUGCAGAGCAGUUCAGAGCUCACGGAUACGGCUGUAAGAGCCUUGGAGCAGAGUGGUACUGCUGAAUUUCUGCUGGCAUCCAAGGGCCUCAUUGCACAGACCAAAGAUGCAGCUAAAGGUUCACUCGGGGAGGAAAGGCCAGAGCCAGGCUUCGAGAAGAUGGACCAUUUCACUUUGUCAACAGAGCAGGUUGAAGCAGUCCUGGCAAAGAUGGACUUUGGAGUGAUUGAUGAGGAUGAAUUUGAAGAUGCAGAGGAAGAUGAGGAGGAAGAGGAAUGAUAAAAGUGUUUAUGGACUGACUCUUGACACACGUCUUUUGCAGGGACUUUGAUGUUGAAGGAAAUCCAAGAUGUCGGAGGAUGUCAAUUAAGAUGGCACACUGUUACCUUCAGUGCAAUAUUUCAUUUCAGUGUCAUAUUCCGACCUUUGUUUUUAUACUUUUUUUACUUCUGCACCAGUUAAAUCAAAGUAGGUCUAGAUAAAUGUAAACAGUAACUCUCUGAAAAUGAAUUACAGAUUUUUAGUUUUUACUUUAUGUAGCAUAUGAAGUACUUUUGUCUAAGUUUGUGUAAAGUUGGUGCUUGGCUAUAGUCCUUGUAACCACCAAAUUUGUCUUUAAAGCAAUGUAAAAUAAAGUUGCAUGAACUUGCGCAUUAAUUAAAUUAUUUUCCAAGUCCGCACUCAAAUACAACUUUCAAAUUAGAAAAGCUGACUAAGGAGUAAUCUUUUAAAGACCCAAUAUUAUUUUGGUUGUCUAGACUUUGGAGCUCUUCCACCAAAAUGUUUCCCACUCAGUUGCUGCUCUUACUUGGCAAUAGACUGUAUUUAAAAAUAAAAGCCCUUGCCGUG